UGACUCUCGUGCAAUUAUACCACUAGGUGUGCCCUAUGUUAACUCCUUUUAAAGGCAUAUGCUAGAGUAUCUGUUUAUGAGAUGGGCGAAAUUUUUCCAAAUACCAGAGUUUCUUCAAACUUUGGAUAUUGAAGGACAAUCAUCUAAGAAACAAAGAUAUGCAAUAAAAUUUAUAGGUCGCCAGUAUUGAAAAAGAGUUAUCUGCCCUUGAAAACAGCAUUUUUGGGAAAAAAAUUCGCUGAUCUCAUAUACAGAGACUCUAGUGUACGCCUUAAAAUGACCAUGGUUCUUACUUACAUUGCCUUAUCAACCAGUUUCUUUGUAGAGCAACUAUUUGAAAUUUUUCAAUUAGUAGAGCUAUUGUAAACUCACCUGAGCCAAAGGCUCAUGGUGAGGUUUUGUGACCACUCAAUGUCCGUCGUGCGUUGUCCGUCCGUCAACAUUUUCUAAAAAGUCUUCUUCUUGAAAACCACUGGGCAGAAUUACACCAAACUUCACAGGAAUGAUCCUUGGGUGGCCCCCUUUCAAAUCUUUUCAAAAAAUUGAAUUCCAUGCAGAACUCUGGUUGCCAUGGCAACCGAAAGGAAAAACUUUAAAAAUCUUCUUGUCCAAAACCGCAAGGCAUAUAGCCUUGAUAUUUGGCAGGUGAACUGUGCCCCUGGGGUGAAAACAGGCCCCGUCCCGGGGUCACAAGUUUUACCUAGACUUAUAUAGGAAAAAACUUCUUGUCUAAAACCACAAGACCUAAGCCUUUGAUAAUUGGUAUCUAGCAUUGCCUUGUGGUCUUCUAUCAAAAUUGUUCAAAUUAUAACCCUGGGGUGAAAAGAGGCCCUGCACCGGGGGUCUCAAGUUUUACAUAUACUUAUAUAGGAAAAAACUUUAAAAAUCUUCUUGUCUAAAACUGCAACGCCUAGGCUUUUGAUAUUUGGUUUGUUGCCUUGCCUUGUGUUCCUCUACCAAAAUUGUUCAAAUUAUGCCACUUGGGUGAAAAGAGGCCCUGCCCUUGGGGUCCUGGGGGUCACUUGUUAUAUGAGUUAUAUAGAAAUUGAUACUUAAAAAAUUAUCAGAUCAUAUUUCCUAGACUGCUGAAUUAUAAUUACCUAAUGACCCCAAGUGAUUAGGGGGUCACUUGACUGUGAUCUUGACCUACUGACCUACUUUCUUGUUUUUUAAGAUACAGCCUUGAAAUUUGGAUGACAUGUACAGUUUUGCACACCGAUCUUAAAACUGACUUUCAGUGACCAUGAAUGUGACCUACUGACCUAUUUUCCAAUAUUUUAGCAUCAGUUCGCCAUUUUAAACAUGUUGCUCAUAUUACUCAGGUGAGCGAUUCGGGGUCAUUAUGACCCUCUUGUUUUCACUCUUUCAUCCAUGUCCGCAUCACAAAAGUUUCGCAUGUAAGCAGGACUGGUGUCUUUAAAGGACUAGGCCUAAUGCUUUCUAACUUCAAACAUGUGUAUGUGUAUGUAGUCAUGAGAUGACUUCAAAGGACAAGUUACAUAACUCUAGCUUUUAUUUUGUCAAAGUUAUGCCCCUUUUUAGCUCACCUGAGCACAAAGUGCUCAAAGGUGAGUUUUUGUGAUCACCCUGUGUCCGUCGUCCGUCGUCAGUCGUCCGUCGUCAACAAUUUGACUGUUAACACUCUAGAGGUCACAAUUUUGGCCCAAUCUUAAUGAAACUUGGUCAAAAUAUUAUCCUUAAUAAAAUCUUGGACGAGUUUGAUAUUGGGUUAUCUGGGGUCCAAAACUAGGUCACCAGGUCAAAUCAAAGGAAAAGAUUGUUAACACUCUAGAGCUCACAACUUAUGCCCAAUCUUAAUGAAACUUGUUCAGAAUGUUACCCUCAAUAAAAUCUUGGACGAGUUUGAUAUUGGGUCAUCUAGAAUCAAAAACUAGGUCACCAGGUCAAAUCAAAGGAAAAGCUUGUUAACACUCUAGAGGUCAUAAUUUUGGCCCAAUCUUAAUGAAACUUGGUCAGAAUGUUACCCUCAAUAAAAUCUUGGACGAGUUUGAUAUUGGGUCAUGUGGGGUGAAAAACUAGGUCACCAGGUCAAAUUAAAGGAAAAGCUUGUUAACAGUCUAGAGGUCACAAUUUUGGCCCAUGGUAUGAAUAUAACCCUUGAUAAUAUCUUGGAAAAACUCGACUUUGGAUCAUCUGGGGUCAAAAACUAGGUCACCAGGUCAGAUCAAAGGAAAAGGUUUUUAACACUGUAGAGGCCACAUUUAUGACUCUAUCUUCAUGAAUUUUGGUUAGAAUGGUAAUCUUGAUGGUCUCAAGGUCCAAUUUGAAUCUGGGUCAUGUAGGAUCAAAAACUAGGUCACCAGGUCAAAUCAGAGGAAAAGCUAGUUAACACUGUAGAGGCCACAUUUAUGACCAUAUCUUAAUGAAACUUGGUCAUAAUGUUCAUCUUAAUGAUCUAUAGGUAAAAUUCAAAUCUGGGUCAGGUGGAGGCAAAAGCUAGGUCACUAGGUCAAAUAAAAGGAAAAGCUUGUUAACAUUCUAGAGGCCACAUUUAAGACUGUAUCUUCUAGAAACUUAGUCAGAAUGUUAAUCUUGAUGAUCUUUAGUUCAAAUUUAAAUCUGGGUCAUGUGGGGUCAAAAACUAGGUCAACGGGUCAAAUCGAAGGAAAAGCUAGUUAACACUUUAGAUACCACAUUUAUGACCAUAACUUGGUCAGAAUGUUAAUCUUGAUGAGCUUUAGGUCAGUAGGUCAGGUGAGCGACACAAGGCCUUCAUGGCCCUCUUGUUUAUUUAGAAUUUUAGGUUAAGAUAUUGUAUGUAAGCAGAUUUCUCAAAAACUACUUGGCCUAAUGCUUAUAAACUUCACAAUAUGAUAUCGGCAUCAUGAGUUGACCCAACAUGGCAAGUUACGUAUCUCUAGCUUUUAUUGACAGGAAACAAUUUCAAAUGAUGUUGUGUUUUGGUACACAAGAUAAUAGGCAAGGCCCUUUAAGAAUAGACAAAAAUCAGUGAGAUAUUGAUACUGUUAAUGAUGUUAAAAUGACCUUCACAUUUGUGUUGGCUCCCAGUAAACAUCGCUGGGUUUCCACGGCAACGCUAGCUCAAGAAGGCUCUAGGAUAGUGGCUGGUGAUCGUACUGGCAGUUUGUUCGUGUACAUGUUUGUAGAUGAAAGCAAGACAGGGGAAUUAAUCCAGACGUUUCCCAAGUUUCAUGGCAAAGCAGGUGUUACCUAUGUCUGUUGCCAUGACAACCAAGUAUAUUCUAGUGGACGAGAUGGUAUGUACAGGAUGUUUGUAUGGAAUGAAGACAACCAGCUGGAUUUAUUACACACUAACAGAGUUUGUAAAAGUUUUGAGUGGUUGGAAAAGUUGGAGUUUACAGAAGAGGAAGAUAUACAGAUACAUGGAUUUUACACGAACAUGUUUAUGAUUUGGAGUGUGAGGCAGAACCAAAUGUUGCUGGAAAUAGAGUGUGGUGGAGGACACAGAGCAUGGGACUACUGUUGCCAUGGAAACAGUGCCACCUUUGUGUAUGUCAAAACUAGAGAGGUCAAGGUCACUAAUAUAGAGAUGAGGUCAAAUCAGGUUAUUGUUAAGAAAUGUUUACAUGGAAGAGAGUUAUGUGAUUCCAAACAUAUCUGUUCAGGAAUUGACAGUUCAGGCAGACCUGUGAAUGUGAUGGUAACUUGUAUUGAGGAUACCUCAGUUUGUCUGUCUGUGCUCCACCGUAUCCUUGCUCUGUACAAUUUAUUAUUAUUAUUAUACCAGAUUUAUAUAGCGCCCUUUUCAUAAUCAAUUUCACGUUCAAAGGCGCUUUACAUAGUUCAAAUGCAGCCACACAGGGCGCAUAAUUCAUCCUCUACUAGUACAGACACAGAGCGAUCUGACCAGAGGGACAGAGUGAGACAAAGCCCCCAUGACAGAGAGAUCAGAAAUCAGAUACAUGCUUGUCCGGCUAACUUAGCCUAGCUCGUUGCGAAUAGACAGCCUAUUUCUUUAACGUGCCCAGUGUAUAGCACUGAUACACGCAAGGAUUGCCUGGGUUCCUGACCAGUACACCUCUAGUUGUGUGGGAAACACUGAAUAGCGUUUCUGAAAAUUCUCGAGUAGCUGCCGGGGAUCGAACCCCCGACCUCAGGAUUGGAAGGCCAGUGUGCAAACCACUGAGCUAUCCGUCCACCAGUGGUUAGUGUGUUAGCACAUUGUACUUGAAAUUGCUUCAGGGUAACGUAAUGUGAGCUGCACUGUGAGAAUACCAACAUGGUGCCUUUGCGACCAGCAUGGAUCCAGACCAGCCUGCGCAGUCUGGUCAGGAUCCAUGCUGUUUGCUUUCAAACUUAAGCCUAUUGCAAUUAGAGAAACUGUUAGCGAACAGCAUGGAUCCUGACCAGACUGCGCGGAUGCACAGGCUGGUCUGGAUCCAUGCUGGUGGCAACUAUGUUGGUUUUCUCAUGGUGCAGAUCACAGGGUCAUGAGUUUGAUAGCCAGGCAAGGCAUAUGUUCUCUGUGAUGACUUGAUGAAAGACACUUUGUCUGAAGCCAUUUCAUGCUCCACCUUUGAUUUGUGUUGAAAAAUUGUCUGUUACUUGUGGAGAACAGGUUAGUACUGGUACAGAAUCCAGAGCAUUGGUUAGGUUCACUGCCCACCAUUACAUAAUUGAAGUUACACUUUAAAAACAGCGUUAAGCCCGGAACAAACAAAUAAAUGUUCAAUUUAUAAUUUAGUAGUUUACAUUUAAGUUUAGAAGUAUGAAUAUAUGUUUAAGGUAUUUGGAGGUCAAAGGCCUGCAUGCAUACUUUAGACUCAACCAUGUAUUUCAAAUUUUAAUGGAAAUUUUUAUCUAUUGCUAGUAUCUUAUAUGUACAAUUUUGUUUUCUGAGUCUUUCACACUGUUUUUAUCAGUUUAAUGUAGCAUACUUUAAAACAGUUACAGAUUUCUGAAAGAAGAAAAUUUUCAACUAAAGGCGACUUCUUGAAUUAUAUAUAAAAAAUGUCCUUAUUUCGUGACAGAGUUCAUAUAUUCCAUGGGUAAUAUCAUGUAAAAUGUAUGUAUCUCAUAUGACAUGUAAACAGUUCUAGUCAGUCAAGUGUUGUGACCUCUGGAAUGUUCCACCUUAAUAAGACAUCAUAGCUUUGCAAGUUCAUAAUAUGAGCCACGCCAUGAGAAAACCAACAUAAUGUGUUUGCGAGCAGCAUGGAUCCAGACAACCAGUCUGGUAAGGAUCCAUGCUGUUUGCUUCAAAGCCUGUUGCAAUUAGAGAAACUGUUAGCGAACAGCAUGGAUCCUGACCAGACUGUGCAGAUGCGCAGGCUGGUCUGGAUCCAUGCUGGUCGCAAAGCCACUAUGUUGGUUUUCUCAUGGCGCGGCUCAUAUUAUAUUUGAAACAAAUGGGUCAUAUAGGUUGACUGUUGCAGACGUAGAAGCAAGGUAAACUUUUGAAAGUUUACUUAUUAUGGUUUAAUUAUGUCUGUUUCACCAUAUUAUGAUAGAUUCAGUGAAAUUACAUUUUUUUUCUUCAAGUUCAUAUUUUCCUACAAAAUACAUGCAUUCUAAGGUUGCAGUUUGUUUUGAUGUAGUUUUUCUUGACCACA